AUGAAUAAGGCAUCUAAUAAUCUAAAUUCCUUAUGGUCUGGAUACUUUGAAGAAUCGUUAAAACUUUCAUCUUUUCGUGUGUAUAUCACGCGUCCAAAGUGGCUUAAUGUUCAGAAAGAACGUGUACAAACUUUUUUUGUGAUGCAUCAUGGAGCAGGGUCGUGUGGGCUGAGUUUUGCGUGUCUUGCUAAGGAGAUAACGUCUUUGGUAGAUGGUGAAUGUGGUAUUUUGGCAUAUGAUAUUCGUGGACAUGGUGAUUCAGAUGAUAUAUUGAAAGAUGGAAAGAUGGAUCUUCGUCUGGAUGAGUUAUGCAAGGAUUUUGUACUAAUGCUAGAGCUUGUAAGAGAAUAUCUUGGAUAUAAAGAAACUAUGGAGAUUAUUCUUGUCGGACAUAGUUUAGGCGGUGCUGUACUUACUUAUGUAGCAAAAGAACGGUUAGUACCAGGCAUUAUUGGUUGUGUGGUUCUUGAUAUAGUUGAAGGUUCUGUUAUUAGUUCUUUUUCAAAGAUGACAUAUUAUUUCUCGAAGCGCCCCAAAGCAUUUGAUACUAUAGAGGAAUGUAUUGAUUGGCAUUUAAAAAAUAAAGUCGUCAAAAACGAACAGUCUCUCCGUAUUUCUGUUCCAAUGUUGCUCAAGAAGUUACCUGUUCAGAAUGCAACACAUGGCAAAUGGAUUUGGCGUGUCAAUUUAAGUGAAACACAGCCAUUUUGGCUUAAUUGGUUUUCUGGACUUUCUGAAUGUUUUUUAGCUAUUCCUACUCCAAAAUUACUUGUUCUUUCAAACACUGAUAGACUUGACAAAACAUUGAUGAUUGCUCAGAUGCAGGGAAAGUUUCAAUUAGUUACUAUUCAUGAUACCGGUCAUUUUCUCCAUGAAGACGAGCCUAAAGUAACUGCAAAAACCCUCAUCACCUUUUGGCGUCGCAAUCAAAAACAUUUGCCGAUUAAGAAAACAUAA